UCUCGAUGUCCGGGGCCAUCAAGAACCGUUUGAUCUGACAACGGACGAUGUUCGUCGGACGGCCGUGGAUCUUCAGCUCGUCCCGUAGGGCAGAUCGCCAGCUCGCAGAAGAGGAGGAUGCGUCGCCGUCCAUGGCGUCGGACCUUCUUCGUCGAUCUCUUUCUCCUCCUUUUCAUCGUCCCCCUCGUCUUAUUCGUGUUGCGGGUGGCGUUUACAGGCGGCGACGCUGAGGUGAGGGUCAAGAGGUCCGCGGAGCUCCCCCUUCGCUUCAGCUCUGAUGGUGGCUUUAAGAUCCUCCAGGUGGCCGAUAUGCAUUACGGCAACGGGCUGGUGACCCGAUGCCGAGACGUCUUGCCCUCGGAGGCCGCCCGCUGCUCCGAUCUCAACUCGACGUUGUUCCUCAAGAGGAUGAUCGAAGCCGAGAAACCGGAUUUGAUCGCCUUCACAGGGGAUAACAUAUUUGGAGCCAGUGCUACUGAUGCUGCAGAAUCACUCUUCAAGGUUUUUAGUCCUGCCAUGGAGUCCAGGACUCCCUGGGCUGCAAUCUUGGGCAAUCAUGACCAGGAGUCCACCAUGACACGAGAAGAAUUGAUGUCGUUCAUCUCACUAAUGGAUUACUCAGUGUCCCAAGUAAACCCAUCUGGUUUUGUGGUCCAUGGAUAUGGAAAUUAUGACAUCAGGGUGCAUGGAGCAUGGGGAUCGGGUUUGGCUAACACAAGUGUGCUAAAUCUCUAUUUCCUUGACAGUGGUGAUCGUGUUAUGGUCAGUGGUGUCAGAACAUAUGGAUGGAUUAGGGAUUCUCAACUAACUUGGCUUCACACUAUUUCUGAAGAGCUUCAGAGCAGGUAUCCAACUCCAGCACUUUCAUUCUUCCAUAUCCCCAUUCCAGAGGUUCGUGACCUGUGGUUUAGGGGUUUUGUGGGUCAGUUUCAAGAGGCAGUCGCCUGUUCUUCUGUCAAAUCAGGAAUCCUUCAGUCCCUAAGCUCAAUGGGAGAUGUGAAAGCAGUAUUCAUCGGCCACGAUCAUCUUAAUGACUUCUGUGGCAAAAUAAAUGGUAUAUGGUUCUGUUAUGGAGGAGGUUUUGGUUACCACGGGUAUGGAAGAGUCGGGUGGCCUAGGAGAGCAAGGGUAAUCUCUGCCCAUCUUGCAAAAGGGAAGGAGGCAUGGAUGGGGGUUGAGACAAUCAGGACCUGGAAGCGCCUGGACGAUGACAAGCUGACCAAAAUCGAUGAGCAAUUGCUCUGGAGCCAUGAUCAUCUACAACCUGGAACAUUAUAUGUGUGAUCAGUGCCCAAUUGCCAUUUUUUGUAUAGUUUUGUAUUUUGUAUAUCAUUGUUAGAUCAGUACUUCAAUUUUGUUACCUACAUUGGGGAAGAGAUAUGAAGGAAGCAUAUCAUUUAUUGGUAAA